AUGAAUGCUGUAUUUUUUUUCAUAAUUGGUAUUUAUUUGAAUAAUUUACCGUCUGGUUUUGCGGAUCCUGGCUCUCGGAGAAAUGAUAAAUAUUUAUCGUUUAAUGCUGGUCAUUAUGAUGAGCAUUUAAGUAAUGAAAUAUCAAGUGGACGACCGCGAUUUUUUGAUGAAUUAGGAUACUCAAUUUGGAAAGAAUUUCCUUGA